GUAGCCUAUAGAUCAGUGCAAGGCUUUUUAACCGGGUACAACCAGCCAGGCUUAAAGGAAACAUUCCGUCUUUACUAAGAGCAGAGGUUGUAGCCGCGCGAUAAAGGUGAGUGCAAGAAACGCGACGGCGAGCGGGUGGAACUUUGCAUGCUCGACAAAACGGAACCGGAUUUAAUGCAUUUUACAGCUUAGGCUAUAACUGGAGCUCCGGUGAGAGGAUCGCUGCAUGCUUUAAAGGUCUGAAAAGCUAAGCAAACAUGAGCGACAAGGGGACAGUUUCACCGAAAGAGAAGGAGGCAACAGAGAAGAGGGGGCGUGGAAGACCCCGCAAGCAGCCCCAAGUGAAGACCUCUGACGAACCAAGUGGGUCCCCUACUCCAAAGAGGCCCAGGGGACGGCCGAAGGGCAGCAAAAACAAGGCAGCCAGCAAGGGCAAAAAGGCAACAGCAUCCCCAUCUGUUGGGGGUAAACGCAGGGGAAGACCUAAGAAGGAGGAGAAGGAAGAAAAGGCGUCCCAGGAAUCAUCGGAGGAGGAGGAAGAUGAAGAGGACCAGUAAUUCACAACGCAUGCUACCUCACUCAACAUACUGACUUACUGUUAACCAGAACUGGGCUGUAUCUCCAACACCAGUGCCACCACAUGACCACUGUUCACGACAAAGCCCUCUUUGCCAAAAAGGAGGGUUAACACAGUACAAAUAUCAUGCAACAGCACUGGAUAGAACGAUGGACCUUGCUCAAGCAUAGAUCUAAGAAUUACAUGAAAGGUAACAGCCCUUUUCGCUACAUGUCACGUUAUCACAAGUCUUUUAUACUGGACAAAAGUGUGCUCUCAGGAGCCUGGACAUUUCCGUUCCCCUAAAGAUGGUUUGUAGGACAUUUUCUCUGCUUAAUGUUACUUAUUUGUUGUACCCGCAUCUGAGAUGGUAGGGCAUAUAGAUUUUUCUCCGUAUUUUGUACUGGACAAAGGUGAAUUUUACCUA